UGGGCUCCAUCGAUCCACCGGAGCCAAAUGCUAUAUGCUGUCAUCAAGCGAGCUGGCAAUCGCUUGGGGUAAAAUCGAUCUUUACUGGAGAGAGAGAUUGGACCCGGAUUCAAGGUUCCCCAUGGUCGCGGAGCUUAUGUCGGUCUGCUGGUUCAGCAUCUUUGGCGUGAUCAAUAGCAGGGAGCUCUCUCCCGGCACCCACUACGCGGCCUACCUCGUCUUCAAGCUUACUCACGAUGCCUCCGGCCUCAGCUCCCGCAGCCAGAUAUCAAAGGUCGAGGUAGGCGGGCAAGUGGUGGGGAGCGCUCGCACGGCGUCUCUCCAUCCAUGCAACCGUGCUUCCUGCAGUGGCGCUGCCAUCGGUGAGGCAUCAUCUUCAACGAUGAACAACAAUUGCGUCGUGAAUCAGCCGCAUGAGCACAAGGAUGAGGACGAAGGAGGCAUCGUCAGGUACCCGCGCGAGAGGGUUGACGGCUGGCUGGAGCUAGAAAUUGGCGACUUCCACACCAGCGCAGGUGAUGAUGCAGGCGCGGAUGUUCCCAUGGGACUGCACGAGUUCGAGGAGCUGCAGUGGAAGAAGGGGCUCAUCCUCGAAGGAAUCGAGAUAAGGCCUAAGAAUUAA